AUGAAGAUAGUGCUACAAAAAGUUAGUGAGGCAAGCGUAACUGUGGGAAACGCAAUUGUGUCGCAGAUCAAGCAUGGCUACAUGCUUCUCGUCGGAAUCGGGGUCGAUGAUACAGUAGAGGACAUCGACAAAUUGUCCAAGAAGAUCCUAAAUUUCAGAGGGUUUGACGACGAUUCCGGGUACGGAUGGAAGAGAAACAUCAAGGAUGUUGGGGGCGAGAUUCUAUCCGUAUCUCAGUUCACUUUACUUGCCCGCACCAAUAAGGGAACCAAACCAGAUUUCCACCUUGCGCAGCGCGGCGACCUGGCCAACGAACUUUACGAACAAUUUCUGGAUAGAUUGAAGGCUGGUCUUGGAGAAGAAAAGAUCAAGAACGGUGUGUUUGGUGCCAUGAUGAGCUGCCAGCUCACUAACGAGGGACCAGUCACCAUCAUUUUUGACUCGAAGGCGUGA